CUGGCUUUAAGUGUCUUAUACAAGCCUUUACUCACUCAGUACUGAGCUGUGCCUAAGCUGGGAUUGAUGGAGAAUCCAAUUUAGGAAAACACCCUUUGAUGAAGAGAGGAUCAAGCAAAGAGGAAUUUUUGCACGGAUGUUCCCAAGUGUGACAGGCACAAUAACACCAGGACCCUCUCUGGAGGACUCCUGGGGCACUGCAGACCUGUCAGCAUGAGAGGGGAGCCCUGAUUCAGCCCUGAGCAUCCGAGCUGGCUGUGGUUGAGGAUUAUAAGAGCUGUUUUGAUCAGGGGAAAAUUUCUGUUUUUAGCACAGGCAGCAAUUAAAAUAGCUCUCAACGCCUCGGGGAGCUGUCAUAAAGGGAGGCAGAAAAUCCGUCUUCUGGACUCCUCUGCAGCUAGAGAUGAGCCUGGAGACAGCAGAGGAGAAGAGAGCCUGAGGUUCAGCUGGUGAAAAGGGACAACCCCAAGGGCUCGAGCCAGAUCCGCUGCUGUGAUCCCGAGAUGGCUGUGGACGAUCUCCGGGCUUCCAGCACCCCUUUCUCGCUCUCCUUUUCGGGCAGUGGCUUCCUGGCCCUCUACCAGGUUGGGGUGGUGCAGUCCCUGCUGGAGUUGGCUCCUGAGCUCCUCAAGUCUGCCUGCAAGGUCUACGGCUCCUCGGCCGGGUCGCUCAUCGCUGCUGCUGUCGUGUGCGGCGUUGGCCUCGAUGACCUCAAGGAGUUUUUCUUUGCACUGGCAACGGAAGUCAGGAAAACCAUCCUGGGCCCCCUCUCUCCCAAGUGCAGCUUGCUGGCCAAUCUCAAGACUGUCCUGCAGCGGAUGCUGCCGGAGGAUUCCUACCUGCUGGCCUCGGGGCGGCUGCACAUCUCUCUGACACGGGUGGUGGACGGCCAGAACGUCAUGGCCUCGGAGUUCAGCUCCAAGGAGGAGCUCAUUCAGGCUCUCCUCUGCAGCUGCUUUCUUCCAAUUUACUGUGGAUUCAUCCCUCCAUCCUACCGAGGAGUGCGCUACGUGGAUGGAGGCUUCACAGGCCUGCAGCCCGUGUCCAGCCUGGAGGAGCCCGUGAUCACCGUGUCCCCGUUCACCGGCGAGCUGGACAUCUGCCCCCGUGACUGCCCUGCCAUCUUCUUCUGCUUCCAGAUCUUCAACGGCAGCAUCCAGAUCUCCAUAGAGAACCUCUGCAGGAUCAGCUAUGCUCUCUUUCCACCCAGCACCAUGGUCUUGAAUGACAUUUUCUCCCAGGGGUAUCAGGACACAGCCCUUUUCCUGUACAGGAACAAUGCCUUUGGCUUUAACUACUUUGAUGGCAAUUUCCGCUUCGGCAGCACCUGUGGGAAGAAUGACUCUGGAAAAUCCAAUGGGACACACCCCGGCCUGUACAAAAGGGUCCCUCAGUGCCUGACCCCUUACUUCCUGCCAGGCUUGUGGAAGAAGGAGCAGGUGAAUGGACUGCAGGACCCACUGGCAAAGGUCCUACUGCAGCCAUACAGGCUCCCAGCCUUGUUCAGGAAGGGGGUGAAGAAGGUGUGGGGGCUGCUGGAAGGUGUCAGGUCCCUGGUACAACGACUCCACAAGCUCCUCCAAACCUUGGUGCCUGGUUUGCCUAAGACAGAUGUGGACAGGAGGAGGUAACAAGGAUUGUCCCAGCGGUGCCCUGAGGGUCUGAAGCGCUGCCUUGGAAUGUGGUGGGCAACACCAGCACACACCAGCAAGGCUGCUGGUUCUCGAGGGAAUUUUUGAGGAGUAUUUUUUCUUCAGAACCGGUCUGGUUCUGUCUGCAGUGCUGCCACUGCAGUGCCCCUGCUCUGGCCUCACCUCCUUUUCCAUGAUGGCUGAGGAAAAGCUCCAGUGCUGCUCCUGGGAGCCACCCAGGCUGCAGGGGCCAUGGGGCAGCUUCACCUGCAGACCUCACAGCCCAGUCCUUUCCCUGCCCACUCCAUCUUCUCCCCACCAGCAGCAUCCCUUCCCUGCUUUAAUGCAGAUUACAGGGUGGGCAGUUGUCAGGAAAUGCCAUGUUAUAAGUGUUUUCCUCCCACUCAAAAACUUCAAGAGAGAUUCCUCAGAGAGAGAGAGAGAGAGAGAGAGAAGCCUUAGGGAGCAUCAUACUGGGCAGGAACAAAUUUUUCUACAGUUCCCUUAGGUUUUUUUUACCAAUUAUCAAUUCUUGAGCUUCACACCUGCCCACAGUCCUGCUUCUCCUACCUGUGGAGGUGUGAGUGCAUUUGGAUUCCCCUGGAACUUGCAGCUGUGCAGAAGGAUGGAGAAAUCUAAAGAUGAACUUCCCCCUACUUCUGAGUGCUGCAGGCUGCAUAUCCUGACAUUUCACAAAUAUGAGUUCUUCUCAUGCCAUUAUCUGUAACUCACGGCCAUACACAGAGCAUGGACCAGGCAAACACAACCUGUAUCACUGGCCUGCACACAGAAUUAAUUAGCAGUGCUCUUAAUUAUCCAAAAAUUGUGCUGCACAUCAGAAGCUGUGGAUUGGCUUUGCCCCAACUGUGUCUCCCCUGUUUGUUAGUUCCAGACAGGCAACAAAUGGAUCCCAACAGCAGCAGCUAUUUAUUAGAGUAAAUAGCCUGUUUAAUUGGACAAGGGGAAAUGGAACAGAGGGAAGUUUCAUCCAAAGGGUCGAGGAGACUGCAGAAGUGAAUGGGGG